CAUCAUCAUCAUCAUCAUCAUUUAUUCAUGCCAUAUGUUCAAUAUAUCAAACUUAUGAACAAUCAUCAUCAUUAUCAUCCUCACAAAUAAAAUCAUGUUAUUAUUGUUGGUCAUUUUGUCCUUUAAAUUAUCGUCGUAUAUUAACUCAUAGUUUUGUUUCAUGUAAUUAUAUUAAAUGUAAAAAUUUCUUUCAUGUAACUUGUGGUCUUAUCAGUGGAUGUACAUUUCAAAUUGACCAUGAUUAUUCAAUAAUAAAUGCUCGUUGUCAUCUACAUAGAAUACCUCAUCAAUCUUCAAUGAAUAUCAACAAUCAACAAACAUCAAUAGAUAAUAUUGAUUAUGAAACAACAGAAUGUCUUGACCAUCUAAUCGAUGAUGAACAACCACAACAUGAAGAUGAUGAUAAUAAUGAUGAUGAUGAUGAUGAAAUCGUUGCUGAAAAUGAACGUGUACCAAUAGGUACACGAGUUAUAUUGAAUGAUAUAAAUGAACAAAAAAUUGGUCGAGUUAUGUCAAAUGAAAUAAGUUUUCAUUAUGCUGUUGAUUUCGGUGAUGGAAGUUAUAGUCAUGAUAUGCUUGCUGAAGAUAUUCUUGAUUAUGAUCCAUCUAUUGAACCAAUAACACUUGUUGUUGGUUCAAAUAUUCGUAUAAAAUGGACUGAUGGUAAAAUAUAUUCAUGUAAAUAUUUAGGUCGUAAACGUGUACUUUUAUAUCAUAUUAAAUUUGACAAUGAAACACGACAAAUGCGUCGUUGUGAAUUUUCAUAUGAUAUUCAACCACCAUCACCACCAUUAACACCAGGUCAAACUCAACGUGACCAUAAUUAUAGUCGACGACAACCAUUAACAACAAGUCGAAAACGACAACGUCAACGAAAACAACCAAAAAAAGUUAAACGAAAACGACGAUGUGUAGUCUUGUCUUCUUCAUCAUCAUCAUCGGAUGAAUUUUAG